AUGGAUAAGCUCCUUUCGGUUCGGUCUUCAUCCAUCCAGACCUUGCCCAAAAACUACAUAUUUCCGGUUGAAUCAAGGCCCGGAGAAGUGGCAAUACCUUUUUGCGACGCUCUUCCCAUGAUCGACUUACUUGCAUGUGAUUGGGACAAUGCAGUUCAACAAGUUCUUGAAGCAUGCCAAGAGUUUGGAAUCUUCCAGUUGAUCAAUCAUGGAGUUGAUGAGGAUCUAGUGAACGACACAAUGAAGGUGGUCAAGGAGUUCUUUAACAUGCCAGGAAAGGAUAAGGAGGAAUAUUACUCGGAAGAUCCAAAUAAGAAGUGCAGGCUUUUCACUGGUGGUUAUGACUACAAAAAUGAAAACAUUCAUUUAUGGAGAGACACACUACGACACCCAUGUGUUCCUUUAGACGACUGUCUUCCCUUGUGGCCUAAAAAGCCCCGAGAUAUCGUUGGGAAAUAUGCCCUUGAGAUGGGAGAAUUGUCAUCAAGAAUAUUAGAGUUACUAUCUCAAGGACUUGGGCUUGGACCUGGAUAUUUUGGAGAAGGUCUAGCUGGGGUCCAAAACUUUUCGGCACAUCACUACCCACCAUGUCCCGACCCAAGUUUGGCUUUGGGCUUUCCUGCACAUUGUGACGUUAAUCUCUUAAGUUUCGUUCUUCAAGAUGAAACAUAUGGGCUUCAAGCGUUCAAUAAUGGAAAGUGGAUGGGCGUUCGGCCCAUUCCGAAUGUGCAGGAAAGCCCAAAGCCAAACUUGGGUAUCAUUAUUAGUAAUGGGAAGUUAACAAGUCCACCACAUAGAGCAAUAACAAGUUCGUCUCAGCAACGGACAUCAAUUACAUCUCCUAUAUCCCCAAAGGCAGACAGCAUCAUAGAACCCGCUAAAGUUCUCAUCAAUGACUCCAAUCAGUCGCUUUAUCGAGCUUUUGAGUAUAACGAGCUCUGCAGGGCUUAUUAUGAAAAUAGAGAUUUUAAUGAAGGAGCGUUGGAAGAUUUUAAGGUCAAAUCUGUGCACCUGACACUCUAG